AUGUUGGAAAAAAUUCUAGAAAGCGAGGUAGACCAACAUCCGUUCAAAUUGCAGAGAGUCACCAAAGCAGAAGAUGUAAGGAACCUACUCCAAGCACUGAGGUCAGGUAUGAUGAUGUACAGCACUGGCCUCAAUGGACGGAAAACCGUGAAAGAUGCAAAAAUCAAGCUUAAAGGCUGCUCGUCGGACAUGAUGGCUGGAAAGUUGAGCUUCCGGAAAGCUUUAGAAGUGGCUUCGCUCACAUCUAUUUCUGUUAGGUUGACCAAGCUGGGGUCUUUCAACGGAUUUGGAGUGACUACGGUGACUUGGUGA